GAACCGUCAAAUUGACUCCUGUCUACAGUCUCCUUUGAUUUUCUUCUCGUCACCCCCUUCACUUUACUCUUCCCUCACUUCUGGCCGCAGCUUUGAGCUCAGUAGCAAACAAGAAGCAGCAAGAUAGUGAUCCUCCAUGGGAAACACCCUCGGCUUUGGCGUAGGUGUCGGCCUCGGCCUCGGCCUCGCCGUCGGCGCCGCUGCUCUGAUCCAGCACCGAGGACAUUGACGAGUUGUCUGCCGAGGAGCUGCGCGAUGCGAUGAGCUAUGUGAUGCACAAUCCGAUGCUGAUCCAGGUGCCGGUGUUAGGAACAACGAAGACAUUCUGGCGAUUAUCUGAGGAAGCCACUAGGAUCAGCAGAAAACUUUCAUUGAUACUGCGCAACCACCACUCAGCCUGCAAGUACCUCGAAGCUCCUCUGCAGGUGUCCAAUGUCUGGAUUGGGAGCACUGGGAGUGUCAAGCUAAGGGGGGUCAGUUUCACUGGCAGCGGUUUCUUUAGAAUUGAGCGUGUGAGAGAUGACUACAAGCACCUUUCCAGGGUCCUGGAACUGUUGAUUAUGAUCUCAGGUGGGGAUAUCAACAAAUUGCCUCCAGACUACAAAGAAUUCCUCUCGCUCUUGAGGAGGAAGAACCUUACAAGGGAUGAUGAAUUCUUAAUUGUAAACAAUGCUGCCCUACUACCCAUGAAAAACCGCACUGAGGUAUUCCUGAUGCUACACGAUAGAAUUGUCAAUUUUCUUGGUCAGAAAAAUCGAGCAAAGAAGAAGAAAAUACUCUCCAAUCUCCCUUACAAGAACAACUGGUUGGAUACUGCCACGGCAAAUGCAAAGAUCAACCAGUGGGUUGUAAAUGUUCAAAAUGAGUACAAAAGGACUACAAUUGAUCUACUGCGGCUCAACAGAAAUGUAAGAAGCCACUUGCAUCAGUACAACCACGAAGAUGAUAUUGAGGAAAUUCUGUAUUGUGAAUGGCCCAUGCUGCUCAUUGUCAUGGAGAAGAUGUUGCACUUGGAAGGUGAGCUCCAAGACACUGGCAUCCAUAACAAGUUCGGCUAGGGUUCUACUGCAAAACAGAUGAAAGAUGUAUUCUGCAUUUCCAUGGGUUGGUAAGCUACUGUUCUUCGAUCUUCAUUGAGAAAGUUUAUCAGUUCACGGUGAUGAAGUGUAAUGCUACCUGUAGUUGUUUUCUCUGGACACGUCAACUUGAAGGUAAAGCUGGUCAGCUUUUGUAAAGCAUGUUGUAAGAUAUCACAUUACAAACUCUAAAAUUGUGCUGCAAAAUUGAAUGGUAUUGAGUUUGCAUUCAUCCUUUAA